AUGGGGAAGCUCAAUUAUUCAGCGAGAAAGAUCGGUGGAAUUAAGGCGGGCCAGGUUGUCUCUAAGGACCUCAAGAAACGUAUCCCCCCAGGCACCGGAUCCAAGGCAGCAGCAAGAGACCCAACUCUUGAAAUUGACAUCGCUUGCAAAGACCUUACUGAUGCGGGAUUCGCCCAGUUCAUCGAUGAUCUGAUUGAUUGUGUCAAGUACCGCAAUGAGCAGCACCCAUCUGGCCUGACCAAGGUUACCGAGUUCCAUCUGCAGAGUAACCAGCUCACCAUCCAGUCCCUGGCGAAGCUAGCUGAGGUGAUCACUCUCAGUCCUGGAGAUCUGCGAGAGCUUGAUUUAUCUCAGAAUGAAAUCCAGGUUGUUAGCGCAGAGGAGCAGAUGAUCUGGAAUUCCUUUUUGAAAUCAUUUACCAACUGCUUUAUGCUUAAGAAACUGGAUCUUAGUGGUAACCCACUUGGACCUGUGGGGUUGGAGAUCCUGGCCCGUGUUUACAUCAAGAGUGACCUUGAUUAUCUUGAAGCUGAUGCUGGGGCUAUUAUCGGAACAAAGCUGGAUGAGGAAGUUGAUGUUGUUUCUGAAGAGCUUGCUGCUUUGAAAAAUUUGAACAGCGAGAAAGAAAAUGAGAGUUCUCGUGCGGGUCGUGUGAAGAAAUCGCCUUGUAAGGGAAAGGUUGUUCGUCAGAAUGCUGCCUCCCACUCAACUGCGGUUGCAAACAGCAAGGCUUUUACUGCCGCGGACUUGAAGAAGUACACCUGCACUAGAGGUCUCCGCUCAAUCCCCUAUCUUAAUUUGUCAGAUUCCGGGAUCAGCGUCUGCAGCGCUGUGCAUUUAUCCUGUAUGCUCCAGAUGCAGCGUACUCCCGAGCAGCUUUUGGCGUUCCUCCCUACGGGAAAAGCCUAUACCAUUCACGAAUGCGAAAAAAGCUCCAAAAGUAUUGUUUGGAAGCCCAAUGGCGGCCUUGCACCAUUUGCGACGAAGCUCCUUGAAGUGGCUGAGACUAUCCAUGAGUCCAGAGUCCAUGUUUCGUUUGAGGAUGAGGAGUCUGGAACCGACGGCGAUGACCAGAGAAAGCUACAGAGCAAGCGUGUGCUUGAGUAUAGCCGGCUCUCCAAGCGAGUUCGCAUGGAAUUUCUUAAGCACGAAGGAGUGCAUGCCAGUCAAAUUUCCAUCACGGCGUUGAAGAUGAUGAUCGUCGCCCGUGCCCUUUUGCUCAAUGAUCAGGAUCGGAACGCGGAGACUGGGUCAGAAGAAGAGGAAGAAUCAGCUGUCGAGGAAGUUGCAGUUGAAGAGCGCAUUGAAGAGCCUGAGCCCAAGCCGGAAAAGCCUAGGCGAACCGUGCGCUUUUUAUGCGAUUUAGAGCCGAAAUAUUCAUUUCCUAUCGGGCCAUUCCACCCAGCCGCUGAGAGGUUCGAUGCUGAGUUUCCUGCCCUUCGGCCAACCAACUACAAAGACGUCCCUGCCGCACCCCCUGUUGCUGCUAAGCCUGUCGAGCUGAAGACCGAACAAUCAUUAGAGGCGAGCGGCAACCAGUCUCACCGUUGCGAAAAUGUACCUGCUCGUCACUUGAGUGCUCCUCACAAGACUCGCAAGGGGGAAGGACGCUUUAGAGUUCCGUUGGACAUCUGGCGUCGAAUUAUCGCGGAGGCAGUCGGUGCCGAUGGCAUUUUGGACCAAGAACAGCAAGACCAAAUUCUCCACUACGCCUCCGAUUGGGAUAUAGUCGCUUACGAGCUGACUAUCAAGGGUACCGAAGACCACCAGCAGAUCUGGAAGUUCUUGGAGACUGUGAACUGCUUUGCUUAUACCCCUUUGGCUUGA